GCUACGUGCACAGCAGCAUCCCGCUCGAGGUGGCGCAGCAGGAGACGGACGCGCAGGGGCACCCGCGUGUCGUCACGAAGGCGCCCAGCCACGACAUCGACGCGCGCUGGUUCACGAGCUACGUCGCGGUGCAGCAGUUCGAGUCGCCGGUGGUGCGCAACCUCUUCAUGCGGCUCUCGCGCCCGGGGAUGGAGCCGCCCACGAUGGCAAACGUGCGCAACUACAUGGAGGACCCGAAGCGGCGCAACGCCACGUUCCUCGAGAAGAUCGCGGACUUCCACGUGCUGCUCUUCCUCGCCGACACCAUCUUCUCGGUGGUGGACGACAUGCCGGUCAUCAUCGGCGCCAUCUUGAAGCAGCGGCCGGCGGAGGACGCGCGGCACUACGAGGAGCUCCUCAAGACCUGCCUGGCGGCGGCGGCGGCG